UAACUCUCAAUUCCGAAUAAUAAAUUAAAGACCAAAGUAAAAAUGAGUCGUGUGUUUUACAAAACUACCACUCCCGGUUCAUUUUCUUUCUAAUCCUUCUAAUGUCGCAAACCUAAUUUAAAGAAGCUGUUCCCCUGAAACCCUUAAAACCUUUGGGACAUUCCGACCUAAACAAAGACAAAUCCUUUCACACACCAAACAAAGGAUGUCGUCUCUGUCUCGCCUUCUCCUCCGUGCCACCAACAACUUCAACACCCCCACGAGCGGCCGCUUUUUCUCCGCCGCUACCGCUGCUGCAGCCGCAACCUCGCAACGAACACCGUCCCUAAUCACCCUCGUAAACGACGAACAAGACCCUAAGUACAUCACGGAGAAGUUCAAAAAGGCUUCCGAAACGGAGUGGUUCCGGAAGAACAUAGCCGUCUAUGAGAGAACCGUCCGCCGCCUCGCCGCAGCCAAGAAGUUUGAGUGGAUCGAGGAGAUCCUGGAGGAGCAGAACAAGUACCAUAACAUGUCAAAGGAAGGAUUCGUGGCGAGGAUCAUCAAUCUCUACGGACGAGCUGGUAUGUUUGAGAAUGCACAGAAGGUGUUCGACGGAAUGCCUGAGAGAAACUGCAAGAGGUCAGUGUUGUCUUUCAACGCUUUGCUGAAUGCGUCUGUGAACUCCAAGAAGUUCGAUUUGCUCGAAAGUAUCUUCAAGGAGUUGCCAGGUAAACUCUCGAUCCAACCAGAUAUUGCGUCUUACAAUACUCUGAUCAAGGGGUUGUGCGGAAAGGGUUCUUUGUCGGAAGCUAUUGCGUUGAUUGAUGAGAUUGAGAACAAGGGUCUGAAACCUGAUCAUUUCACCUACAACUUGCUUUUACAUGAGACUUAUACAAAAGGGCAUUUUGAGCUGGGAGAGGAGAUAUGGGCUAGAAUGGUGGAGAAGGAUCUUGCAAGGGACAUACGUAGUUACAAUGCUCGGUUGUUAGGAUUAGCCUUGGAGAUGAAAUCAGAAGAGAUGGUUAAUCUCUUUGACGAACUUAAGGGUAAUGGGAUCAAACCUGAUGUAUUCACGUUCACUGCCAUGGUUAGAGGAUGUGCCGGUGCAGGAAAAAUGGAUGAAGCCAAAACGUGGUACAAGGAGUUAGAGAAGAACGGUUUUCGCCCAAUGAAAUUGCUCUUUUCCACGUUGCUUCCUGCAAUGUGCAAGGCUGGUGAUUUGGAGUCGGCUUUUGAGCUCUGCAAGGAGAUAUUCACUAAGCGUCUACUUGUCGAUGGGGACAUCAUGCAAGAGGUAGUUGAUGAAUUGGUGAAAGGAUCAAAGAAAGAUGAAGCUGAGGAGAUUGUUGAACUCGCCAAGAAGAACGAUUAUUUACAGUUCAAGCUACAUCUCUCUUCGAAAGAGUAGUUCAUUAGCAAGCUUCUCUACCUGAGUCUAUGUUUCCUCUCUUAAGUGUCUUGUUGUUGCACACUGUGAGACCAGUGUUCGAAUAACCAAACUACCUUUGUGUUUGUGUGCUUUCUUUGAAUUUUGAGAAAUUUAGACUUAUUCCAUUCUUUUUGUUGUUAAUGCCUAAAAAACGAUAUGCAGUUAAUGGUU